AUGGCUCAGAAAACUCUUGUUGGGGCUUCCUCUCUAUUCUUCUUCUUGUUGUUGGCUGAUCUCGCAUCUUGCAAAGAGAUUCUGGUCGGAGGCAAACCCAGCGCCUGGAAAAUCCCUUCUUCGCCUUCUGAUUCACUCAACAAAUGGGCUGAGAGUUUGCGAUUUCACGUCGGUGAUUCUCUCGUGUGGAAGUACGAUGGAGAAAAGGACUCUGUUCUGCAAGUGACCAAAGAUGCCUACAUCAACUGCAACACCACAAACCCUGCAGCUAAUUACAGCAAUGGAGACACCAAGGUGAAGCUAGAGAGAUCUGGUCCUUUCUUCUUCAUCAGCGGCUCCAAAAGCAACUGUGUCGAAGGCGAGAAGCUUCACAUUGUCGUCAUGUCCUCUCGUGGUGGCCACACCGGUGGUUUCUUCACCGGCUCUGCUCCUUCUCCGGCACCUUCUCCGGCUCUUUUGGGAGCUCCAGCUGUUCCUCCUGCCACCGGUUCUGCUUUUUCAUUGACCUGUCGAAUUGGGGUUUUGGGGUUUGUUGGACUGGCGAUCAUGUUGCUCUGA